GUCACAUGUCGCUAUUUGCUCUUGUGAGCAAUGGCCCGACUUCGUACACAAAAUUGGUGGGCUCUUUGAAACGGAAAUUGUCACAGUCAGGAUUCUCGCAAACGAACGCCAAUCUGCUCACAGGAGGGAGCACCGCGUUCCUCCAUCUCCACUUCUCUCCCUCCCUACGGCCAAAUCCUAAGCCCGUUGAAGCAAAAGAUAAGCAAACUUUAUCACCACAAAGCCCGUCCUCGGAACAUCCACCCCGUGUCUCCGAUCCACAAAAACUACCUCCUUUCUCAAAUAAUCCCACAGAACAGCUUCUCUGCUUAUCUCAAUGUCCGAGUCUAUUAGAGACAUGGUGACCAAGAUACCCCCUGCUGACUCGACAUCGAUACAUGAGCUAGCGGGCUUCUAGAUCUUUCCGUUUUGGUGAACCUUCCGCUCCAUUGACAUCCGAUUCUGGGGUCUCCACAGCUCCUGUCUCCACACUAAGGACCGGAAAAAUGAACACACCCGGAUGAGGCUGGAUCUGUGCCUGAGGGGGUGGAGAUGCGGCUCGUAUCUAGGGUGGAAAGUUAUUCCGAUGAUUUUUCGCACCAGUUGGAGUGCAGGAUUGGAUGGGAUAGGGUACCGGAUGUGGCUAACGUUCCGCCAUGGAGGGGUCCGCGUCACAUGGUCGAUAUGGCCUGUGGAUUGUACAUGGCGGAUGGAAUGGCAGAGGUA